CCGCUGCCGGCGCCGGCAGCGGAGACGUUGCCGAGGGAGGCGCCCGCCGCCAUGGAGGCCCGCUACAACCUCAGGAGCCCGGCUGUCAAACGUUUAAUGAAAGAAGCUGCAGAAUUGAAGGAUCCAACAGAUCAUUACCAUGCACAGCCUUUGGAGGAUAAUCUUUUUGAAUGGCACUUUACUGUUAGAGGCCCUCCAGAUUCAGAUUUUGAUGGAGGAGUUUAUCAUGGGCGAAUAGUGCUGCCACCUGAAUAUCCUAUGAAACCACCAAGCAUUAUCUUGCUGACGGCCAAUGGCAGAUUUGAAGUGGGGAAAAAAAUUUGUUUAAGUAUCUCAGGGCAUCAUCCUGAAACAUGGCAGCCUUCAUGGAGCAUAAGAACCGCUCUACUAGCCAUUAUUGGAUUUAUGCCAACUAAAGGUGAAGGAGCCAUAGGAUCUCUAGAUUACACACCAGAAGAAAGAAGAGCUCUUGCGAAGAAAUCACAAGACUUCUGUUGUGAAAUAUGUGACACAUCUAUGAAGACAGCCCUCUUACCAUUAACGUCAGGAAGUGUGUCAAGCCAGGCAGACAAAGAGGCUAAAGAACUUGCCAGACAAAUCAGCUUCAAGGCAGAAGUCAGUUCAUCCAGGAGGUCUGAUGCUGAACAUUCAAACACGUCAGGAUUGAGCCACUCUGCUGCUUUACCUGAGCCCCAGCAGGAUGGUGUAGCUAGAGCAUUCCAGGAUCCAGCAAGUGCAAUGUCCGAAACUCAGAACAGCAGUGCAACAUCUAGUCAAGAGUGUACUCCUCCUGUGUCCACGAAUACCUCUAUGAGUCCUCGGCAGCGACGUGCCCAGCAGCAGAGGCAGAGAAGGGCUCCAUCUUCAGCUGACUUUAAUCGAGUCCAGCAACCGAGGGUCAAUAUGAACCACACUGGAUCAACUGUUCUGAUCGUCCUUCUGACUUUAGCUUUGGCAGCUCUUAUAUUUCGAAGAAUAUAUUUGACUAAUGAGUAUAUAUUUGAGUUAUAAAGUUCUCUCUUAAGAGCUGUGACUUGAAUGCUUCAUUAAACAAGGUUUUGGGUAUGAUAUGAGAACUGUUUACAAAGGUUACUUUUUGUAUUUACACUUAAGUCAUUAUGAAUGUUAAUGUACGUACAGAUACAUUACUUGUUUAAAAAAAAAGAGAAAGAAAAAAAAGUUGAACAUUUAACUAUAACAAGUGUUAAAUGAGUGCCCACUAGAUAGUUGGAGAAACAAUACAAUCAAAUGGUAAGGUUUAGGCAUGUGUGAGGGGAGUCAGUUUGUGAAUAAUUUAUUAACUAGAAAAAGAAUUUAGGAAAGUGGUUGAUUCACAUUUUAUGAACAUGAAUGCAAAUAAUGACCCCAUCUGAGUUAGUAUAAGGCUUAACAUUGGAGAAGGGAUUUUAAAAUGGAACACUACUGUGUGUUUGUGUUCAGUGAGCUCAUAAUUUACAGAGAAUAAUGUUUUGUAACCACUUUUAUUUACCAUGACACAUUUUGGGGGUUAGGGGAGGAAUGAAUACAAGUAGGUUGAGAAUUUGCUUUCUGUGUGUGAAGGGAAAAGAGAGGAGCAAAGAAAGGGCCAGAAAACUAGUUGUAUUAUUUUGGUUUUUAAUUUUUUGGAAGUAAGAUUAGAUAAUCUUUUGCAAGAUUUGAAUGUCCUCUUCUAAUACUAUCAGUUGUAUAUCUUGCUUUUAAAAUUUUAAGAUUAUAUAAAACUUGUCUAUUCUUGUGAUAGUUAUAAAUAUGUAAUAUAAUUAUUUACCUAGAGCUAUUGUCUUUUAAUUAUACUAUAAAUAUACAUAAUGCAUUAAACUGAAUGUUUCAUAUUUGGGUUUAUUUACUAAAGAAAAUUUAAACCGUAUCAUACUUAAACUCAUAUAUAUGAACAUGCUUAAGAGAAAUAUUUAUUAAAGCCUUGGUAGUGAUAAACUGUUUCAACCCAGUCUUCAGUUAUGUUUCAAAUACUAAAUUUAAUCACAUUCGGGACAAGAAGCAACGGGCACAAACUGAACCACAGGAAGUUCCACCUGAACAUAAGGAAAAUCUUUUUUACUGUGAGAGUGACGGAGCACUGGAACAGGUUGCGCAGAGAGGUUGUGGAGUCUCCUUCUCUGGAGAUACUCAAACCUUGCCUGGACGUGGUCCUGUGCAACGUGCUCUAGGUGACCUUGCUUGAGCAGGGGAUUGGACUAGAUGUUCUCCAGCGAUUCCUUUCAACCUCAACCAUUCUGUGAUUCUGUGCGAUUCUGUGAUCACGUGUUCUUGUUUGUUUUGUUUCUGUGAUUUUUUUUUUUUUAAUAUAAAAUCAAUAAUGAACACAGAGACUUUGUGUAUUAUGAACGUGUGGUGACAUAUUCAUGAAUGCUGUGAAAUCAUAUAUUCAGGCAAUAGACUUGAAAUUGUUAAGGCUCAAAAAAAAUCUGUGAAUUUUUUAAAAGUACUGCAGUAAUGUGGAAGAAAGCAAUCAGUGCCAUAAUUUUCCUCUUGUAUUAUUAUUCUGAUUUCAAUGUACUGUAAUAUGUUUAUGUAAAAGACAACAGAGUUUAGCUGAUUUUCAUUUUGCUAUUGUCACAUAUGCUAGCAGUGACUUAAGCUAGGUUCUCAUCCUAUUUCUCAGCAAAUAUUUAUUGAGUACCUACAACUCUCCUAAAUUUUAUUGAAUAUGGCAUGUAUUAGAAUGUUUUGAAACAUUAAAGUAGCUAUAACAAGUUUUAAAAAUAAUUGAAGCCCAUCAUGUGCCUGAAGGAGACCCUGCUUGUGUUUGGAAACUUAAAAAAAAAAUCGUUUUUUUUUCUUUUUAAGCACUUUAGGACUUGAUAGUCUUUUCAUUUGCAGAUACAGUGGAACAAACAUCAGAAAAUUGAAUAUUUUCUUAAACAGUUCAGGUAAUUCACCAGUUACUUGCACAUUCUGCUGCAGGACAAUUUGGUGACCUAUAUUAAGUGAUGUGUGUUUUUCUGAUUUAUAUAUUUAUUAUGUUAGAAAUGGUUAAAAAUUCUCCGGAUCCCAUAGUUUAAAAUAAAAGUGCUGGUUUUCCUAGUCAGUAUGUUGUUUGAAUGCCCAAACCUGGGCCCAUAGCAGAAUUCUGAAAGAGGUCUGAUCCUAAAGGCAGUUUUCCUGGGUUCUGGCCUCCUUGCUCCUCUCAGAGUUUUACUCUGACUUUGCUUUGCUAUUGCUCGAGAUUCAUUGCUGUGCACAUCAGACCUUUUUUUCCAUAUCUGUACAGCACACUUCUUACUACUAAAGCAGUUAAGUCUUCUGCAGAGAGGCAGUCUAGAUUAUUUUUUUGACUGUACAUUCAAAAGGUAAACUGGUCCCUGAAAACAAGCUCUUCAUUGUAAUUAAAAAAAAUGGUUUUUUUUAAGCUUUUUAUUCGUAUCUCAGUCUUAUAAAAGUUAAAAUACUUAAUUUUGCGAAGACCUGUUUGAAAAAGUGAAUGCUAAUGGUGACUGUCAAGCAAUGUGAAGAGUAUUGCAUGUCUAGAUGUCUUGAGGAUUGCUGUGUUUUAAUUUCCCUUUAAAAAUUAACAGUGAAUAAAAUAAUAAUUUCAGAGGAAA